UCAAAAUCUAUUAUUCUCUCUACACUCUCUUCUGACAUUAUUUCUCUCUUCGACCAAAAUCUUGCGACCUAAAAUCAGAAAAAUGAAACAGCUUUCGACAAAAGUGACAAGCAAUGGUCAUGGACAAGACUCAUCCUACUUCUUGGGAUGGGAAGAGUACGAGAAGAAUCCUUACGAUGAGAUGAAGAACCCUAAUGGGAUGAUCCAGAUGGGUCUUGCUGAAAAUCAGCUAUGUUUUGAUCUCAUCGAGUCAUGGCUAGCUAAGAACCAGGACGCAGCUAGUCUCAAGAGGAACGGUCAGUCCAUUUUCAGAGAGCUUGCUCUCUUUCAAGACUAUCACGGCAUGCCUGAAUUCAAAAAAGCCAUGGCUGAGUUCAUGGAAGAGAUAAGAGGAAACAGAGUCACUUUCGAUCCCAAAAAGAUUGUGUUAGCCGCUGGUUCGACCUCUGCGAACGAGACUCUCAUGUUCUGUCUCGCUGAGCCUGGUGAUGCUUUCCUUUUGCCUACUCCUUACUAUCCUGGAUUUGAUAGAGAUCUUAAAUGGAGAACCGGAGCUGAGAUUGUACCAAUCCACUGCUCAAGCUCCAAUGGCUUUCAGAUCACUGAAUCAGCUCUACAACAAGCUUACCAACAAGCCCUUAAACUUGAUCUCAAAGUCAAAGGAGUUCUUGUCACGAACCCAUCUAACCCACUAGGCACUGCGUUGACCAGACGUGAGCUCAAUCUUCUCGUUGACUUCAUCACUUCCAAGAACAUUCAUCUCAUCAGCGACGAGAUCUACUCAGGCACUAUGUUCGGGUUUGAACAGUUCAUAAGCGUAAUGGACGUCUUGCAAGACAAGAAACUCGGAAACACCGAGGUUUCUAAAAGAGUCCACAUCGUUUAUAGCCUUUCCAAAGAUCUAGGGCUUCCUGGUUUCCGCGUGGGAGCUAUCUACUCCAACGAUGAAAUGAUCGUUUCCGCUGCGACGAAAAUGUCGAGUUUCGGUCUUGUCUCUUCUCAGACUCAGUACCUUCUCUCUGCAUUGCUCUCGGACAAGAAGUUCACAAGCCAAUACCUCGAGGAGAACCAGAAACGGCUCAGGUCAAGACAGAAACGCCUAGUGUCUGGUCUUGAGUCAUCGGGGAUUACUUCCCUGAGAAGCAACGCGGGUUUGUUCUGUUGGGUCGACAUGAGACACCUCUUGGACACGAACACAUUCGAAGCAGAGCUUGACCUCUGGAAAAAGAUUGUUUACAACGUGAAACUAAACAUCUCGCCCGGUUCGUCUUGUCACUGCACUGAACCGGGUUGGUUUAGGGUUUGUUUCGCUAAUAUGAGCGAGGAUACACUCGAUUUGGCCUUGAAGAGGCUCAAAACGUUCGUGGAGUCUACAGACUGUGGACGGAUGAUAUCAAGAAAAAGCCAUGAGAGGCUCAAGAGCUUGAGGAAGAAGACAGUCUCUAACUGGGUUUUCCGGGUUUCAUGGUCAGACCGUGUACCUGAUGAGCGAUGAAACUAUUCAUCUCCCUGAGUUUGAGACGACAAAAGAAAAAAACUUCAAGGUUGUUUUCUUCUUCUUUAUUUACUUCAUUUUUUUUUAUAUUUUGGAAGUAUUUUUAUUUCCAAGGUAUCUAUAAUAUCAUUAUAUAUGUGUAAUUUUCAUAAAUGUUUGGGGUGAGUUUUAAUGCAUUUUUUCGGGUGUAACCUUGUUGCUCUAAGUGUUGUUUUCUUUUUUGAAACUUUACUAUAAGUGUUGUGAUACGUGUCUAAAAUGCACUCAGUCCGAAUGUGGACUUGCAGUGGCUAUAUAUAUUAUUUCCUGUUGUAAUUUUAA